AUGACUCAUUACGUGAAGCCAACUCUAGCCUCGAAUCCAGCUGAAGUCAUUUUACAUAUCAGUACAAAUGACUUGAAAAACAAGUCAUCCAGUACCCUACUUAAAACGGUAGACAAUCUUGGAGAAAUGAUUACGGAGAGUAAAGAUGUUAAACUGACAUUAUCAGAGAUUAUAACCAGAUGUGACGAUGAAACUCUAGCGGACAAGGUAAAUAUUUAUAAUGAACUUCUAGCUAACCUUUGUACUGAGCGAAAUUGGGGGUUAAUUAAGAACUCUAAUAUAAAGAAAGAUCAUUUAAAUAACUAUGGACUCCACUUAAACCCAAGAGGUUCGACGGUCCUAGCUAAGAACUUCAAACUGUAUGUAAGUAAUCAAAAUUGACUAAAUGUUAAUACACAAAACCUAAUGAUGCAAGAACCUAUUAGAAACUCCGGUGCAGUAUCAACGGAUAACCAAAGCAAACUAUAUCCAAAACUUAAGGGCUUUUCAAUUGCGCAGUUAAAUAUUACCAGUCUGACUAAACAUAUUGAUGAACUCAGGAUUCUCAUAACAGAAAUGAACUUUGACAUACUAUGUAUUAAUGAAACAAGAAUUGACAAAACAAUUAAGAACUCAGAAAUAGGACUUCAGGGAUACGACUUAACAAGACGUGACAGAAAUAGACGCGGUGGGGCUGUAGCAAUAUACAUACGUAAUACCAUACCAUACGUGGAGAGGUCAACAAUAAUCCCUGAAAAUGUAUAGGCAGUAUGUAUCGAAGUAAGAAAGCCGAAUGCCAAGCCAAUACUCAUUUCGACGUGGUACCGACCACCAAACUCCAAUUCUGAGAUUCUCGACUCUUUUGAAAUCUUUCUUCAAAACAUUGACAAAGAAAAUAAAGAAAUUAUAAUAACUGGAGACUUUAAUAUAGAUUUAAUGCCCAGUGAGACCGAUAAUAGUAAGGCAAAAAGGCUUAAAGAAUUACUAAACACAUAUCAAUUGUCUCAAGUUAUUAAAAAGCCUACUAGAACAACAGAAUCAACGAAGACGCUCUUAGAUUUAAUAAUUUGUAAAACUGACGACCCAAAAACCGCUACAACGGACGUUGUUGAGCUAGGUAUAAGCGACCACAACCUAGUCUACACUUGUAGAAAGGUCGGAAUAUGUAAACAAAAACCCAAAAUUAUUGAAACAAGGCAAUACCAUAAACUAAAUAAUGCGAAAUUCCAAAACGAUUUAAAACAAGCUUUACUACAUAUUAAUGAACAUUCAGAUCCAAAUACGGCCCUACAGGAAUGGAACAGAAUUUUUCUACUGAUAGCUGACAUAAAUGCUCCUAUACGAUCGAGAAAAGUGAGAAGUGACCGACAACCGUGGAUGACUGAUGAAAUUAAAAAACUGAGCUUUCACAGAGACUACUUAAAAAAGAAAGCAGUCAUGUUAAAUUCCUCUGCCUUUCAUAGUUCAUACAAAAAAUGUAAAAACAAAGUAACCAAACUUAUUAGCAAUGCAAAAACUCACUACUUUAGAACCAAUCUCGAAAACAGCAAAAAUUGCAAAGAAAACUGGAUUCACAUAAACAAACUGCUAAACCACAAAACGGUCAAAACUCAGACGAUCAAUAACAUUAAAUUUGGAGACCAAAAUAUUACAGGUGAUAUCAACAUAGCAAAUACAAUUAAUAACUACUUUGUAGAAAUUGGACCCAAACUUGCUUCCGUUAUUUCUCCUACAGACAUAGACCCUAUACAACCUAUUCAGCCUUGUAGAUCUGAAUUUAACUUAAGAACAAUAACAACGACAGAAUUAAUUCAAAAAAUUGGGAAAACUAACUUAAACAAGGCCCCAGGUCUAGACAAAAUGCCAAUUAAACUAAUUAAACUAGCAGGAGAUGCCAUUCACGACUCCUUACUACAUAUCUUCAACCUUGUACUGGGCACUGGCAUUUUCCCAGACGAUUUAAAACUUGCUAAAAUAAUACCUAUUCAUAAAGAAGGUGACAAGGCGGAAUGCGGAAACUACCGGCCUAUAUCUGUAAUUCCUACUGUCGCCAAAAUCCUUGAAAAGAUUAUAUACAACCAAUUAAGUUCAUAUAUCAAUGACAAGGACAUCAUUUGUAAACAGCAAUUUGGCUUUAGACCAAAUCAUUCUACAGAAACUGCCCUAUUAAAAUGCACAGAUCAAUGGCUACUCAACAUGGAUAAAGGAAUGGCAAAUGGAGUGCUAUUUUUGGAUCUUAAAAAAGCGUUUGACACGGUCGAUCAUUCUAUUCUCCUACAAAAGCUAUACCAAUAUGGUAUAAAGGGUACUCCUCUAAAAUUACUAGCAUCUUACUUAAACAACAGAAAACAAGUUUGUGUCAUUAAUAAUAACAAGUCAGGCCAAGAAACAGUUCAAUGUGGAGUACCACAGGGUUCCAAUCUGGGACCAUUGCUAUUCUCAUUGUACAUAAAUGAUUUACCAAUGUGCCUUGAGUACACACAAGCAUCCAUGUUUGCUGAUGACACCAAUCUAUCAUGCACAGGAAGGACCCCAGCCGAAAUUGAGCACAAACUAAACGCUGACUUAUCCAGUGUUAACGACUGGUUAGAAGCAAAUAGGUUGACAUUGAACACAGACAAAAAAGAAUUUAUGUUGAUAGCCUCAAAAAGAAAACUUAAUCAAUUUCGCACUGAUAUUCGUAUACAUAUAAACGGAUCCAUUAUUAAACAAGUUAAGCAAAAAAACCCCUUAGGUAUUACAAUUGAUAACGAACUAAGGUGGACUGAACACAUUAAUGAGUGCAAUAGCUCUGCUUAG